UGAAACCUUUUUAAAACCUUGGUAUAGCUUGAUACUGAUAAACAUGCAAUGCUGUCUUCAACAUUCAGCAGGACUCACACAAUAGUCAAACAUCCCUCCUUUAAUUCCUACAACAGGAAGUUUCAAGCAACUCUGUUUUAUUAGGUUGCACAGGUUAUUCCUAAAUGGAUUAAAAAAACAAUAAAUCAUAAUUCUUUACCAAAACAUCUGUUAUUUAGUUUAAGUUAUUUAUUUCUCCAUUCAAUCAGAUUUUAUGCUUUUAUUUUGAAAGGAACCAUUAUUUGGGAUUACCUAGUCUGCUCUCCAUGACAACCAGCCUGUGUACACAGAUACAGUAUACAGAACCUGGUUUAGUACCCCAGUAAAGGGAUUGAGUUACUACAUCCGCAGAGAACAAGGAUGCCGUCGGCUCAUGGAAAGAGUGAUAUGGAGCGUUUGGGUGUUUUUAUGGAGAUGAGCUACAUCUCUGUGGGAGACAAGUACACUCCAACCAACAGCCGUUCAUUCAAUGAGUCAGCAUAUCAAGGCUGCCAGAUGCAAGCGGGUGUCACUAAACAACUGUGUGCUCUGCAAAGUGGCUUUUUCGACAAGUCCUUUAAAAGGAUUUUUGAGAAAGAAGCCCUGAGUGAACCCCUGAGACUGGCUCGGAGAAACAGGAUGCAGCAGGCCAAGAGGAACGUGGGCAAAGCCUUCCUGCCCUGUAGUGGGACCAAGAAGCCCUGUGGUUCUGGUAGUUACUACGGCACCUUGUCUGGACCUAUUAAAGCCACAAGUCCACUGUCAAUCCCCAAGAAAGCUCACCGCUCACCUGGACGCAAUAUUGUCACUUCACCACCCAAGAAAGGCAGUGGUUACAGCUAUCCCAAUAUCACACUGUCUAAAACUGACCUGUAUGUUUCCGACCCAUACGACAGAGCCAAAGAACUCCUUAAGAGGGAGGGAGCAAUCCAUCGCUCCAAACUAAAAGAUGGACCCUUCAGAAUCAGUCUUCACCCACAGGAUUAUUUCCAAGGCAAUCCUUAUCGCAGCCACAAGACACUCCCACCUGCACAAAAGCCCCUCCAACUCCAAAAGAAUGUUCCCAUGGUUCCUUUCAAGCCCUCCUCUCCCAGCAAACGGAUUGGAGGAAUGAAAGCUGGUACAUUUAAUGCAUAUCCUUCACAUUCUGCUGAUCCAUAUGUCAUUCGCCGCUCCAAACCGGCCAAUCAAGAGCCAGUGUUUCGUCCUGCUCCUGGUCCCAAGAGCACACCUGUGAAAAGCAUCAUCUCUGUCAAUGUCAACAGAAGAAUCAAUCCUGUAAACUUCACUUCCACCAUCCCAGCUGUGAUGAACUCCUGAAUGCACACUGUAACCGGUUGAAUUUGUGCCCUUUCCUUUAAAAUGUCAUCCUUCUAAAAUUUAAAAAGGCAGUUGAAAAAAUCCUGAGUGUCUUCAUUUUUCAAACAUCAACAUAAUUCUUCCUGAUAUCUGUUUUCUUCUGAUGGUGUAAUUGUAUUAAUCUGUCACUAAAAUAAUGAGCUAAAAAAAAAGAUAAAGGAUUCUUCAAUUAGUGUACAGUAUGAGCGCAUUGCAGCCAUUCACAAUUCUUCCCCAGCUCUGCCAUGUGUGCAAAAUAUUUUUUUUUCUAUUAUCUUGAUGAAAAAUGCACGGUUUCCAUGGAAAAUGUGAGGCCUUGAAGGCAGCAUGUUACUCUAAUAUCUCUAAAGGACUUUUCUGCAUCAAUUCUACCAUCACAGCUAUAAACAUUUGCUUUGCCACAAAUGCUGAUACAUUCCAAUAAAAUCACAGAACCUGAUGCUGACAACAGGUUGGAUACUACUUUUUAUUAGGAUGUCUUUCUUUCAAAGACAACAAUAAACAAUUGUGCUGU